UGUGUGUGGUGGCUGUCAAGUUGACAUAAGUGGUUUGUUUGCCGGGUGAUUAGAGACUAUGUCUGCUACAUUUAAAAUAGCGAAGAAAAAAUAUACCCAAAGCGAUUUGCGACGUCUUUUAAAUGAGCAGAAAAACAAAAUUAAAAAUUCGAUUGAAGAGAGAAUAGACUCUCCUCUAGCGAAGUAUAACGAUGUAGGUCAGUUAACUUGUAUCUUAUGCAAGUCGAUUGUCCGAACUGCGUCUAUUUGGAAAGUGCAUGUCAAUUCCAAACAACACAAGGAGAACGUCGCGUCAGCAAUACAGGUAAAAGGACAUUCGGAAAUAAGUUUUAAACGGCCGGCGAAUACACCACUUCCACCAAGUUGUCAGAAGAAACGGUUGAAAAUAGCAAGCUCGAGCGAGGAAACUGUGUUGCAACUAAAUAAACGACAAACAUUUCUGGAUUCUACCGACGCGAAUGGCUUUUUCGAAAUAUCUGUAGGACAAAAGUUGAAAGGUGUAAGUCGUUUAGAAAGAAUUAGUCAGACUGACAACGAUUCGGCAUUUAAUAUUGGAAAAGAUGAAAAAAUACCAGAGGGAUUUUUCGAUGACCCCGUUAAGGAUGCCAGAGUUCGUAAUCAAGAAUAUAAGGAUACUCAGGAUGAAGAGUGGGAGAAAUUUCAACGCGAAAUAAGGGAGGAAUCAACAUUAUCGAAUGCAAUAAUCGCAGAAGAGCAGGAUGAAGCGACGGCGGAGCGUCAGAUUAAAGAGAUUGACGAGCAAAUUCGUAAGUGGUCACGGGUCCUUGAUUUGGAAAAGCGGAAAGAUAUUGCGACAAAGCUCAAAACUGAAUCAUUAGACAAAAUAAAGGCAAUGGAAAGUGAACAUGAUAGUGAUGAUGGAGGCGAUUAUGAUAUCGAUGAAUUUUUCGAUUGGCGUGCAAAAAGAUCUGAUCGGAGAAAGUGAAUUUAAAAUAAUUUGAGUCUUUCCCAUAUAUUCCCCCAAAGAUAUAUACAGAUGUUUGUUUCAUGGUGCAGAUAUGAAAAUGUAUAAACCGACGAUAUAUGUUUAUGUAAAAAUUUAUGAACAAGAUUCGAAGACUUGUAGACGAUAAUAACUGUGGAUAUAAAUUUCUCGUGAUGUAUAUCCUAGCCACGAGUUCGCAAUCUUCUAUUUGUUUACUAUUUAUUGCAUAUAUUUUCCUAUCUUUUAAACAUUAAAAUAAAAGUUGUCGCCUUGAUGGAUUACAAUUCAAUAAUAUAUCCUUAUUCAGUGAAGAAAUAUAGCGUUAUUGAUGUAGAGAAAUUUGCGACAUGAAGUUGAAAUACGACAACACAGCUCGGUUUGAUCUCUUGUCGGGUGUUGCUUAACAAUGUAAUUUGGCCCGUAGCACUUGAACCACAACAAAUUGAAAUAAUGCAUGACUUUUUUGAUUAGAAAUACGUUUAUUACAACAACGAGUUUAAAAUUUGUAAGUCGCACAAUAUCAAAACAAUCGAUUGAAUAAGGGUCGUAUAAAAUUUGCUUAUUUUUAACAACUCAAAAUCAGUAAACCGGUGAAAUUUA